AUAAAUCUAAAUCUAGUCUUGGUCUGGAUCUAGAUCUACUAGCCAAAUCAAAUUACAGAACUCAUUUUAACACUGCGUAUUAACUUUGGGCGAUAAAACGGAAGGAAGUGCCCUUUUCCCUUGUGUAUCCUAAACGUUCAGGAACCAUGGCUACUGCAGAUGUGUGCUGGUUGAUAAUUAGAAAUAACUCUUCCACCCUUCUGAAAAGAAGUAAACAAAAUAUGAGUUUGGAACCUAAUAACUUGAAAAGUAAGAACUCUUUUCGUUAUAAUGGUCUCAUUCAUCGCAAGACAAUUGGGGUUGAGCCUGCUAAGGAUGGUAAAGGAGUAGUUCUGGUUACCAAAAAGAGCAAAGGACUGAGGAAACCAAGAAAGACUUUAACUAAAGUUGAAUUAAAGAAAGGGCCAAGAAGUACAAUUGCUACAAUUCGCAACUCCUUGAAGGCUAAUAAUUAUAGAAAAGACUUGAUCAACUCUGCUGUGAGGAGAACUUGUGCUAUUCUUAAAAGUCAAAAGCCUGUGGUCAUUAAAAGCAGAGCCCGAACUGCUAAGAAAGAAUAAGUGUUUUGGUAAAUAAAUUUUUGUGAAAACCUUA